UUAUGCUUUUUCAUUUCAAGCCAAGAAAAAAAAGUCUGAGGGUUUUGAUCACAUGAUCAUACAUAUCUUUGUGAUCCUGAGUCUAUAACUAGAAAGAUCUAUAUGCAGAGAGAUAUUGGAGAGGGGUUAUUAAUUCUCAACAAGAAACUUCAUUAUCCUAUUAUAUAUAGUGUGGGCAAAAUCUAAAAAAAAUCAAAAACUCCAGUUGUAAUAUUUAGAAGCAGGAGAAGAGAAUAGUGAAAAAAAGAGUAUUUGUUUGAUAUGAAGGGACAGGAUAUUUAAAGAAGUUAAAGGCUAAAUCAGAAUGGAGCCACCUCAUCACAUGUUCUUGGGAGGUGAAGAGGAAUGUCAAAGCAGUGAAUCUGGAUGGACUAUGUAUAUUGGAUCUCCAAUAAAUCCUGAAGAUGAUGAAGAUGAUGAUGAUGAUAAAGUGGACUUUUAUCAAGUGACUCAUCAAAUUCAAGGUGAUGCUGGAAUUGAAAGUGAUGAUUCUAUGGUUUCUGAUGCUUCUUCUGGACCAACUCAUUAUGGUGAUCCUUUGAGACAUUUCAAGAAAAAAGUGGAAGAAGAUGCAUAUCAUGAUGAUGAUGAUGAGGUUCAUGAAUACUAUUGCUAUGAUCAUCACAAGAAAGGGAGUUACAAGAAAGAAAAACAAAUUGGAGACAAAAAGGUGGAGAAGAAACAGAAGGGUUCAGUUCAAGGUGGUGGAAGGGAAGGAACGAGAAAAUAGAUUUAUUAAUUUCUUUCUUUCUUUCAAUGACUUUUAAGCUUGCGUUGUUUUCUUAAUGUUUAGUUUUAGUUUAUGUGACAAUUGUUGUACUUUGUUCAUUUCAAGAAUCAUUUGUUGUUGAUUAUGAUUAAGAUUCAGUCAAGAAAGAGUUAAGGCCAGAUUAGGUACGAUAUCUGGGAUAAGACAUGGGACUUCAGAUUAAUUUCUGUAAUUUUUUUUUGUACCGUAUAAUUUGAGGAUAUGAGAUAGAAAAAAAAAGAAUUGAAUCAGUAUUCUUAUUAGUAUAUGAAAGUGACAUGAUGUAUCAAUAAAAUUUUAAUUUUUUUUAAGCAAGAUAUAUUAAACUGGAGAACUAAGGGUUCUC